UCUGUCAUGUGAUCAGCUGUGUUCAAUCACAGCUGUUCGCCCUAACAGUGCCAGUCAAUGCCACCUAUCAAUGCCAUAUAUGAGUGCUGCCUUUCAGUGCCCAUCAGCGAUGCCUGUCAAUGACCAUCAGUGUCACCUACUAGUGCCUCCUCAUCAGUGCCCAUCAGUGUCACCUGUCAGUGCCCAUCAGUGCAGCCGAUCAGUGCCCAUCACUGCAGCCUCAUUAGCGCACAUCAGUGAAAGAGAAAAAUCACUUAUUUCCAAAAUUUUAUAACAGAAAUUAAGAAAAAACUUUUUUUUUUUCAAAAUCUU